UGGUUCCGUUUUCGAUGUCAGCCCGUUCACGCGCGUACGCAAACGCAUCGGCCGCUCAGGGGAGAGAUCAGCGCCCAUUCUCCGCCAUUGCUCAUCACGGCAGGCCAGAGAAAACAAGGCACCAAGAGGAAGGCAACGAGCCCUCGGGACACUUUUGGGCAAGUCGUGGAGGUCGUGAACAUUUUUGGCGACGAGGAACUCCCGUCACUUUGGGAAGACGGUCCGGAGCCGCCGGUUGCGGUUGAACUCGCAGAUGACUUGUCGUCCUCAACCUGUGGUGAGGGUGAGAAAAAGAAGAGUUCGACUUUUGCGUGGACACGGGCCGACAAAGAAGUGUUGGCUGCCUUUUUUGAGAAGUACCCCAUGUUUUAUGACUCCUGUUUGGAUGAGUUCAAGGACCCAAGUAUCAAAAGAGCCAUGGUGAAGCAGUUUGUGAAAGAGCAAUUUGAACACAAGGGCCGGCCUGCGCCAACCUACAAGCAAGUCAUGGGCUUCCUGAAAAAUUACAGGACCAGGUUUGUCAAGCUAAACAGCAAAAAGUCCACGCAGGCAGAUCAGGAGUUAACAGCCACGGAGCAGUGGAUUUUGGACAACUUUGCCUACCUCCGCCCACAUAUCAAGAAGAGGCGUGGCAGACGAACACACCAGGCGUCCUCCAAAACACGAUUGCAUGGUCGGCCAGCGCCAAUCGCCUCGGACAGUGACGUGGACGACCCCGUGCCGUCCACCAGCGCCGUGUGUGGCCGCAGGCGAGCGCAGGCGGGCAGCAGGCCGAGCGGCCGGGCCGGGCGAGACGUCGCCGCUGUCCCCGGCGACGCCAAUGAGCUGCUUUCGCAGCUUUUGAGCAGAGCUGAUCAAGCAGCGCAGCGGAGAAUCGGACACACCGCGGCCCUCCCGAGCCAUGAGGCGGAAGUCAAGCGUUUCACCCAGUAUCUGAAGGCUCUCAUGAUGAACGUUCCGGAAGGCCAGACUUGAAAAGGACUCCAGCCAGUAGGUGCCGAUCCCUCUUACGCUGGACUUUGGCGGUCGACGCUGCCCUCAGCAGCAGCGACCCGCUCAGCAGCAGGACCUUCCUCCGCCGCCGUACUCCGCCGCUACAUACGAGUGAGCCUGCGGUCAGAAUCGGCCGCCAUUGCCGCCGCGACGUUCUCCCCCCUGACUUCGGUCUGUGCUUUCAACAGGAGUCUGAGUUCACUGCUGAAUUUUUCAGGAAGCAAAUCCCUGCCCGGCACACCCGACCACCACGAGAUUCAUAGAGACUGAAUAGUUGAUUGCAUUGUUUCUUUUUUGUAAAUUCCAUUUUCCACUUUUGUUUUGACAAUUCUUUUGGUUGUUUUUAUGGAGAAACAACAAGACAAUUGUUUUCAUCACAGUAUUCUUGUCUUUUUUUUAAUCGUCUAUAAAAUAUCAGUCUGACAUCAUCUCAGUUUAUAAAUAUGGAGGUAACUGCAUUUAAAUUGCAGGUAAAAGGUAGGAAAGUUUUUACUUGGCGUUGAUUCCUUCUUGUGCCCUGUAUCAGAUGGCAGGAAACAAAUCAAUCCAAGCAAAAUAUCAGUUAAUCUCUAAAUUUUUUUUCUGUAAUUUUUUGAAAAAAAAUAGGGGGAAAAAAUU